CACACACACACACACACACACACACACAAGCAAAUCUUUAAUGAAUACAGAGUCAGAGGAUUUAUGCUUUGUCACUCUGCUUCACAUUUCUUCUCUGGCUGGAAUACAAAGUUAAUAAUUUCAGAGCUUGGUUAUAAAUACGGUCUGUGCUGCAACAACGAGAAGAAUCCCCGCAAGAGAACCCACUCCAGCGAUGACACAACAGUUAGGUCUUUUGCUGGACCAUCCUGUUGUUAUUGCAGCCAUUUUUAUCACAGCUGUCGGUGGGACGUUUCAGUAUGGAUUCUGUAUUUCUGUCAUGACGUCCCCUUCUGCUUUCAUAAAGGAGCUGGUGAAUGAAACCUGUGUGCACAGAUACAAUCUCUCCUCAGAGCAAUGGCAGGUCAGUCUCAUCUGGUCCUUCACUGUCUCCAUUUUCUGUGUUGGGGGGGUACUGGGGUCACUGGCGGCUGGUUUCCUCACCACUAAAUUUGGCAGAAAGAAGUGUCUUUUGUUGAACAACGUUGUGACUGUAAUCGGAGCCAUUUUGAUGCUUCUGAGCCGGACCGCCAUGUCCUUUGAGAUGAUAAUGGUGGGAAGAUUUCUUUACGGGAUCAACGCAGGAGUUGGUCUCUCAGCUCAUACAAUGUAUCUUAAUGAAUGUACCCCCAAGAAGCUGUGGGCGAUGGUGGGCGUGAGUGUGUCGACCUUCGUGUCUUUGGGGAAGUUCUGCGGCCAGCUGCUGGGAAUCCGAGAGCUCCUCGGCACAGAGCAGAACUGGACCUGGCUGCUCGGUUUCAACGGUUUCACCGCCCUCUUCCAGAUCCUCACUCUACCCUUCCUGCCGGAAUCGCCAAGAUUCCUGUUGCUGGAAGCGGGAGAUUUCCAGGCCGCUGAAAAAGCUUUUAAGAGAUUCUGGGGCAAACAAGACUACCGUAAGGAGGUAGAGGAGAUACUGAAGGAGAAAGCGGCUCUGCAGAACAUCCGCAGCCAGUCAGUGCUGGAGCUUCUUCAGAACCGAACACUUCGCUGGCAGCUCCUCACCAUGGUGGCUGUCUUCUCUACACUGCAGCUGUGUGGCAUCAACGCUGUGUACUUUUAUUCGUUUGAUGUUCUUCGGGCCGCAGGAAUCCCAGAACACAAGUUAGCCUACGCUGCCUUGGGAACAGGCCUGUGUGAACUUUGCACCUCUGCAACCUGUUUCAUGAUUACUGGGAGCGCAGGCAGGAAGGUCCUGAUGUUCAGAGGCUACAUGGCCAUGUCUGCAGCUCUGGCUCUCCUCACCGCCACCGUCUACCUGCAGAGUCAGUUCUCGUGGAUGCCGUACUGCAGCAUGGUUCUCAUCUUCCUCUUCAUUCUCUGUUUUAUAAUUGGACCAGGCACGAUGACAAUGGUUCUUCCAGGAGAAAUCUUCCCUCAGUCGUUUAAAUCAGCUGCAUACACGCUGGGCUGCACCAUCAACUGGCUCAGCCUUUUUGUGAUGGGGAUGGUCUUUCCCAUCUUAGUGGAGAAGCUGGAAAGUUUUUGCUUCCUUGUAUUCCUGGCUGCGUGCCUCCUCUGCGGCCUGUACAUCAGGUUCAACGUGCCAGAGACCAAAAACCGAACAGCGCUGGAGAUAGCCACAGAGUUCGACAGGAUGCAUCGAAAAGUUGGACAGUCGACUGAAGGAGAAGUCUGCGAAGUCAAAACACAAGAGUCCAAGCUCUGAUUAGGCCGAAACUUUUAAAACGACACAAUUUUCAACAUCAUGUGAUCUGAUUCUCAAAAUAAACAAAACAAAGAAAACAAAAACAAUUCUUAGCAUUUCAAUGAAGGAA